AUGACACCGGCAGAGGCAAAACCAGAGCCUGUGGCUGAUGAACCGAGCGAUGGCUCCUCAUAUAACACGGACUCUGUGCAGCGAAUAGUAGCAACUGGCACUCCGGAAGUUUUGGAGGCAGCGGUCCAAGUCGGUGUGGGACUACUUGACAACCUGACUGCUGCUUUGACUCUAGACAACGAGGAUGUUAAGUCAUGGGCCAAGUCCAUCAAGGAUCUCAAGGAACGCGCCAAGCCGACCAAGACUAUCGUGGGCGUCGUUGGAAACACAGGUGCCGGCAAAAGCACUGUUAUAAAUGCUCUCAUGGACGAGAAUCGAUUACUCCCUACCAACUGUAUGAGAGCAUGCACAGCAUCCCCCACAGAGGUCUCGUACAACUACUCCCAAGAUCCGAACGAGCUGUACCGUGCCGAGAUCGAAUUCAUCUCGGCACAAGACUGGGAGCAUGAGCUCGGCGUCUUGUUCAACGAUCUCCUAGAUGGCAACGGCGACGUUUCUCGUGACUGCACCAACAGUGACAGCGAUGCCGGCGUGGCAUACGCUAAGCUGAAAGCCGUAUAUCCCAAUAAGACCAAGGAGAUGUUGGCUGCAGGAACACCUGAGCGCUAUGCCAAGGAACCCGCCGUGCGUGGGGUUUUGGGUAGUGUCAAGAAGCUCAAAGCCACGACAGCAGGUGACAUCUUCCGCAGAAUGCAACACUAUGUCGAUAGCAAGGAAAAGGAGCGAGGGGACAACAGUCGUCGGGACCUUCACAUGGAGUACUGGCCUCUGAUCAAAGUGGUCAGAAUCUACACCAAAGCUGACGCACUGUCGACUGGGGCUGUCAUUGUUGAUCUCCCCGGUGUCCAGGAUUCAAACGCAGCUCGUGCGGCUGUCGCUGCUAACUACAUGAAGCUGUGCACCGGGCUAUGGAUUGUGGCUCCAAUCAACCGUGCUGUGGACGAUAAAACAGCCAAGACGCUUCUGGGUGAUACGUUCAAGCGCCAGCUGAAAUACGAUGGUACUUAUUCGGCUGUUACUUUCAUUUGCUCAAAAACCGACGACAUAAACGUUGAGGAAGCCUCUUUGAGCCUGGGUAUAGAGAACGAGAUUUCCGAAUCCUUUGACCGAUCAGCCUACCUCAAGCGUUCUAAGCUGGAUCUCAAACGAAAACUUGGCGACCUUCGAGACAAGAAGGCGGCCUAUACUGAUACAGUCGACCAGAUCGAGACCAAGUGGGAUGCUUGGGACGAGCUACGAGGCAAAGUCACUGAUGGCCAGACAGUCUACGCACCAGUAGAGAAGCAGCACAGCAGGAAACGAAAGCGGCAGAGCAAGCCGUUGCCGACUAGGAAGAACUUGGCCUCAUCUGACGUUGAUGAUGAUUCCGAGCUCUCAGAAUCGGACUGUAGUGACGAGGAAAACUCCCCGCCCGCUGAGAAUCGUCUUCCACUGACUGAAGCUGACAUUGAUAAGACUCUUGCUUCUCUCAAAGCGCAGAAAAAGCAGAUACGUGAGGAUAAACGGACGCUGGAGAGUGAGAUGCGCGAGAUUCGCAAGGAAAUGGACCGUUUCCAAGCGGAAAGCGAUACGCUGCUUGGUGAAAUGAGAGCCAUAUGUGUGAAGGGCCGAAACGACUAUUCGAGAGGCGCAAUCAAGCAAGACUUUGCAAUGGGUAUCAAAGAGCUUGACCAGGAGAACGCAAUCGAGGAAGACGAAACAACUUUCGAUCCGGACCACGACCUCCGUGAUUAUGACGAAGUGGCCAACAGCCUACCUGUCUUUUGUGUUAGCAGUCGUGCAUAUCAGGCUAUAUGUGGCAGGUUCGAAAAAGAAAACAUCAAAGCUAGCGACAUUGGCUUUAUGGAGGCAGAAGAUACCGAGAUUCCUCAGCUUCAGCGUCAUGCGAAAAAACUGACUGAGGCGGGUCGUGCGAGCAAUUGUCGUCGUUUCUUGAACGACUUCAGCCAACUGAUCAAUUCCAUGAGGCUAUGGGCUUCAAGUGACGAUACACAAUCUCAUCUGACUGAUGCCGAAAAACGUCGCGAGGAGACCUUCCUGCGCAAGUUACUUCAGGGACUGGAGGAUGCAUUUGAGAACUCGGUGAAAGAUUCAAUUACGUCGGUGAAGCAAUCCUUGGACGAACAUAUUUUCGAGUCUUUCAAUGCAACAAUCCCGAGAGCUGUCCAUGAUGCGAUCAACACAGCAAGCGGUUGGGGCGCACACCGGAGUAUGGGCGGUAUGUACUGGGCUACCUACAAAGCUACGGUAAGGCGCAACGGCGUCUACUCAGGUGCUUCCGGUCCACGGGACUUCAACCAGGAACUCUUCGAUCCCAUCUCCAGGGAUCUUGCCACAGGUUGGGAGCGAGCAUUCCAACGGCGUCUGCCGAUUAUCUUGGAACAAUUUGCAGCUAAUUCCAAAGCUUUGCUGUCAAAGUUUCAUCAAGCUGCUGUGGAACGGGCUCAACAACGACACACGAAUGUUCAUGGCGUAAUGAUGCUUUCGCAGCAGAUUCUCGCUCAUAUCCGAACUUUGAGCGAGCUCCCGGCUACUCUCAAGGCUACUAUUACUGACCUUCAGCGUGAGGCGAGUCGCGAAUUUGUUCCUGUGAUCAUGGAGGCCAUGCGUUAUGCAUAUUAUACAUGUACGGAAGAAAGAGGUAACGGGAGUUAUGCUCGUAUGAAGACUGCUAUGGUGGCCCAUGUUGAGACAUCCAAACACACCAUGUUCCGUCAAGCGUGUGACACAGUCAAAACUCACCUGGAGGCUAUGUGCCGUGCCGUUCAGCGGCAGAUGAAUGAACACGUGGAGAACAUUUUUGAUAUGGUAUUCCGUGAUUACACCACUGUCCUAGGUAAGCAACUCCACAUAACGGAUUUUAUCUUACAAAUUAAAAAAUUCUGA